CAACAACAACAACAACAAUAAUGCACACUGGCUACAAAUUUGUUUCUCUCCCUUGAAAUACUCAGUAAUUAGUUAUAGUAAGUCUCUGAAAGUUCUACAAUUUGCGUUCAAGAUGGAAGUUAAAGCAGAAGUACCGUGGUAUCAUGUGAAUCGUGAACUUCUCCCAGUUAAGCUGAUUUACUUCACGUUCCUCGCUGCUGUUGGCGAUCUUCUACCAUUCAUCCCUAUAUACAUGAAACAACUGGGACUAUCAUCUACAGAGGCUGGAAUUAUAUACGGAGUGAUGCCAUUUAUUGCCUUCUUUGUCCGUCCUCUAUUUGGUGCAGUAGCGGAUAAGUUAAGACGGCACAAACUAGUGUUGAUGAUUUGUGCGUUCCUGACGGGUGUACUGUACUGUUUGCUGCUUGUAACUCCAGCAAAAACUUCAAAUGAUGAAAUGAACAAUAAAAUGUUCGUACAUACGCAGAUACAAUGUAAUCCAAUAGACUCGUAUGUGGUGGAUUGCGAGAAGGUGAAGAAUGAUUCAGGUGUGAUUGUUCUUAAACACUGCGAUCAAAGUUUAAGGGCAUUUGCUAAACAGCUGCCUGAUAAUUCUAGUCAAAUCAGUUGUUCUGUGUCAUGUGGAGUAAGUAUAGCGCCAAUGAAUUUGUACGCAUGUUUCACAGACGAUGUGACGCCUGGUGUUGAUGAAACAUGUGUUGACAGGUGGAAUGACACUUCACCGGGUGCAAAUUUUGAGAUUUCCAUCAAAGAUCUUUGGGGUGUAAUUAGAAAUGAGGUUGACAAUCCUUAUUUUAUGCCUGUGUAUGACGGGCAAGUUUGUGGAAAUUAUGACCUCAAAAAUGUGACAUUCAGAGGACGAGAUUUCUGGCAGUUUACUUGUAGCGGGGAAGCAGUUUUUGACUGCAAAAUGACAUGUGAUGAAGACUUACACAAAAAAUGUUUGACUGUUACUAAAGAUGAGCUGAGCACAACAUUCUGGAUAUUCUUUGUGAUUUUUUUGUUUUGUAAUAUCUUUAUCUCACCAGUGAUAAGCCUUGUGGAUGCGAUUGCGUAUGAUAUUCUCGGUGAAAAGCGUGGCCGUUGGGGCAAGCAAAGACUAUGGGGAAGUGUUGGCUUUGCCAUAUUUGCUAUAACGUCAACAUACAUAAUGGAUGCUCUCAGUAAAUCAAACAAAACAGUAGACUAUUCAGUGUCUUUCUACAUAUUUCUUGCUUUAACUACAAUCUCAACUGUAGUGACUUAUUUCUUGAAGUUUUCAGAAUCGAUUCAUUGCCACCAGAUGUUUCAGAAUAUAACGUUGCUUAUACGGUAUCCAAGGAUAAUGGUUUUCCUCAUCGUUAUCACAAUCUUUGGAAUAUUUAACGGUGUGAUCGAAGCAUUCCUGUUUUGGUAUCUACAAGAUCUCGGCAGCACUCAGAUUAUUUUAGGACUGUGUCUGGUUUUCAGCUGUACGCCAGAGAUUGUAAUGCUGCUCUUCAGCGGGAAGAUAAUAAAAACAUUAGGCCAUGUGACAUGUCUAUAUUUAGCUCUUGGUGCAUAUUCUCUAAGGUUUUUCUGCUACUCAUUCCUGACAAAUGCAUGGUAUGUAUUACCAAUAGAACCGUUACAUGCAUUGACCUUUGCUCUGAUGUAUGCGGCCGCCUCUUCGUAUGCCAGUAUAAUCACACCAGAAGGAAUGUCUGCUACAGUUCAGGGACUUAUGGGUGGACUUCACUUUGGAUUUGGUAAGGGAAUUGGUAGUCUAAUAACUGGUAAACUAUUUGAUCCUGUGUCGGGCCUAGGGGAAGUGUGGACGUUCAGAUUUUACAGCUUCUUUGCACUGUUCACACUCAUUGUGUACGCUGCUGUACAGUAUUUUUUCUUCAGGGAACCAGCAAAAUCUGGACAAAACCCGCAGAACGGCAACCAUAUUUCUGAUCAAGAUGAUGAAAUGGAUAAAGCCGAAGACCAGCUCUUGGGAGCCAAUACUGUCAAUAAUGAAAAUGCUGAGGUCUGAUAUGAUGGGAACCAGAUAUUGCUGAAAAGUGAAGGCAUCAUGAUCAUAAGCCAAGUACCAGUAUUUUGAACAUACUUUCGUGAUGAAUGUGCUAUGCUCUGAAUCAACAGGGAACAAGUAUAUGAUAAUUAAGAAGGAAAAAAGGAUGAGCUUAGAACCAGAUACAAAUAUGUUUAUUCACUAUCACUUUCAGUUAUGAUAAUUACCAAAGC